AGUUCCAACUGUCUUUGCUGUCUCAUUCAUGGUCACCUAGUUGAUUCAAAUCACACGCUAUGCUCUCCACGGUCUUAGUCUAAGGCCACUUCACUUCCAACCUUCAACCACACAGACCAUGGCCACUGCUCUGCGCCUCUUACCUUCUCCAAUCUUGCCACAAUUUUCUUCUUCUCGUCAAAGACCCAAAACGACGUCGUCGUCUAUAUUGUCUAUCCGAGCAUCAUCAGCGCCUUCCUCAUCGGAGAGACCGGAAGGUUCCACUUCUGUCAAAGCCAAAGAGGAAGAAAAGCUUGAGUCUUUCAGUUUUGCUCCUCCCCCUAACUUCAAGCCUCCGGAGCCCAAAACUUUUGGUGUCAGGCCCGACAGGUCCGGGGACAUCUUUGGAGCUUCUCUUGCCUUGUUCUUUCGGUUGGGAACCGGCGUUUUCGUUGAUGGGUAUUCUGCAACUUUUAUUUCCAAGGAUGAGUAUCCACCAGACCAGUAUGCUCUAGAGGUUUCAGGUUAUAAGGUCAAAGAGACAUCAAAAUUAGGCCCUCGCCCAGAGAAGCCCAUUGAGAUAUAUGAAUUUGAAGGCUGUCCAUUUUGCCGGAAGGUUAGAGAAAUUGUUUCAGUUUUGGACAUCGAUGUUCUGUUUUAUCCUUGCCCAAAAAAUGGUCCAAACUUCCGUCCCAAGGUUGCUGAGAUGGGUGGAAAGCAGCAGUUUCCUUACAUGGUGGAUCCUAACACUGGAGCUUCAAUGUAUGAAUCAGAUGACAUAAUCAAGUACUUGGUCGGGAAGUAUGGUAAUGGAAAAGUUCCAUUGAUGUUGUCACUUGGUUUAUUAACGACUUUGACUGCAGGCCUUGCUUUGAUUGGUCGUUCAGGGAAGAUUAGAUGUUAUUCACCAUCAAGGUUACCACCCAAACCACUUGAAAUAUGGUCAUAUGAGGGAUCCCCCUUUUGCAAAUAUGUCCGUGAGGUAUUAGUAGAGUUAGAGUUACCCCACCUACAACGGAGUUGUGCCCGUGGCAGCCCAAAACGACAGAUACUCUACAACGAAACAGGCCGUUUUCAGGCACCGUAUUUACUAGAUCCAAAUACCGGGAUUAAAAUGUUUGAAAGUGCUGAAAUUGUAGAGUAUCUAUCAGCAACAUAUGCUAUUCAAUGAGCAAUGCUACAUCUUGGCAGGCUUUUGGGUUCAUUUCUUUUCCUGAUAAACCUUUUAGGUGUGUAUAUUCUUCUAGAGCAAGAUACUCUUGACAGAUGUAAUCAGAAUUUUUGUUAUUAAUGAAGUAAAAUGCGUUAAUGUAUUA